AGCUGUACCUGAUGCCAGCCAAGCACCAGCCAGACUUCUCCUUCCUGCGUCAUGUUCCUCUGAGGAGGGUUCACCUGUUCACCCUGGUCCAGAUCAUCUGCCUGGCUGUCCUCUGGAUCCUCAAGUCUACUGUCGCUGCCAUCAUCUUCCCUGUCAUGAUCCUGGGUCUGAUGGUGGUGCGUAAGAUGAUGGACCUGAUGUUCUCUCAACACGACCUGGCCUGGCUGGACGACAUCCUGCCGGAGAAAGACAAGAAGAAGGAGAAAGGGGGGAAGAAAAAGAAAGACAACAAAAAGACCAAAGCAGCAGCAGAGACAGAGAGCGACGAGGAGCCCAAGACUCCCCUCCCUCCUCCAGUGAAGAUACUCAUGGACACCAUAGACCUGCCUAAAGACCCUGAUCCCUCUGUAACCCCACCCACCCAGCCCCCCGUCUCUCACUGAGAAGAACGUUUACUCUAGUGUGAAUCCUGAUGACAGUGAGCUGGACCGCAGAAUUACUCUGCACCUGAAGAUCUGCCCCCCCUCACCUGCCCACUCCCAGGUGAGCCUUACCCCCGGAUCAUCAUCACGCCCUCCUGUUUCCCAGUUUGACAUCCAGGUGGAGUCUGAAUACAAGGAGUCUGACCUCGACCCACUGGGUCACGACCUUUACCCCAGCAUUAACCCCUGUCCUCUGAAUGGCCGCUACCUGACCUCUAAGACUCAACGCGACCAGUACCAAUACAAAAACUCACACUCUCAUCCCUAUGAUGUAGGCAGCGAAACCUUGCUGUAGGUUGACAGCACAUAGACACACAGACACAUACAGUAUAACCAGUUACGCAAUCCUCAAAACUAUACAAGACUACAGUUUCUCUCCAGUUUAUAUAUUAAUAAGAUUUGCCUUUUAACCCGAGGUACCUGUCAGUUAUUAUAAGAAGACAGACAAAUUAUAACUUUUAUAUAUUCAGUACCCUUGCCCAUUACACCGAUUUAGUACAUCAACAAAAAAUAAACAACAAAAAAUAUAUUAAUUACUUGAUUGCAAAUGUAUCUGUACAAUUAUAAAAAAAGAAGAAAAAAUAUAGAAAUAUAGAAAUGUGAGCGUUGUGAUAAUAAUGGUUUAACUGAUGACUGAUGUAUUGUUUAUUGCAUUUAUUAGGUAUUUUGUUUUCAGUGCAUUCACCUUUAUGAAUAUAUGUGUAUAAAUGACUGUUGGAUAAAGUGAGAUACUAAUAUCAGAGUGUACUUACAUUGGAUUGUAAAGAUUUACAAAGGCAUGUUAAUAAAAUAGUAUUAAAAAACCUUGUAGUCUAAA